AGUUUUUGUGCCCGUUGCACUUGUACUUCAUAUUUUGUAUGCAUUGUUUCAAGGGGAAUAUGCAAGUGUAUAUAAAGGGUCUGCCACGGCUGUGUCUUCAUUAGUUAUCAGAACGAUUAGUUCUCAGCAGCAAAAAGUAAACGGAGAGAAUGAAUAUCCACGUAGUUUUGUCUUUAUUUGUUGUCCUCUGCCUGACUUUGAUAUCUGGCCAGAGGGAGGACUGCGAGGCACUGCAACGCGCUUGCGAUAGUUGCUCGAGGAGAUUGAAUAAUUCGUCGGAUCGUGGCCUGCCCCUGUUGAAUAGGGAGUGCAGGCAGAAGACUCGUAGUACCUGGGUUUGGCGCAAUGUUACCCGAUGCGAACUGACCAGAUUAAACUGUAUCGGAUCUAAUCGUCGCAUGAACUGUGCAGAUAUAGCUGAACUUGCUGGUAUGCGACGUGUCAGGAACUGAGGAACUAUUGAGCUGAUUUGAUAUGAUGAUUUAAAUUUAAUUUAAAAUAAAAUAUAUACAAGAGAGCAUUGAAGUAAAA